AAUUGGGUUGAAACCUACAUCAAAACCCUAGGGUUCAUUUUGCCCCAUUUCUAACGGCUUCACUUGCUCCCGUGUACUUACGCAGCAUACCCAUGGCAGAAACAGAACCUGAAACCGCCGCCGCACCCGCCGUCGAAGCCGUAAUAGAGGCCGAGAAAGAGGACACUUCGGCUCAGGACAUGGAUGUCGAAGCUCAAGCCGCCGAUGAUACGUCAGAGAACGGAGGGUCGAAGCGUCCAAGGGAGGAGGAAAACGAGCCGGAGAAUGAAGACGCCACGAAGAAACUGAAGGUAGACAAGUCUGUGGAAGAAGAACGACUCGAGAAUUUAGAUGGAAAGGGAACGGUGGAUGAAAAAAAGAAAGACGAGUCGGGUCCUGUUAGCGUGGGUCCAAAACACUUUGGGUCGUCUGUGGAGAUGUUCGAUUACUUUCAUAAGCUUCUUCAUUCUUGGUCUACCAACCUCAACCUCAACAAGUAUGAGCACAUUGUUUUGCUUGACCUGCUCAAGAAGGGUCAUUUAGAGCCAGAUAGAAAGAUUGGUACAGGAAUUCGCGCAUUCCAAAUCCGGUUUCAUCCUCACUUUAAAAGUCGCUGCUACUUUGUCAUUAGGGAGGAUGGUUCUGUGGAUGAUUUUAGCUUCAGGAAAUGUGUUGAUCACAUUCUGCCCCUCCCAGAGAACAUGCAAGUAAAACAUGAGGCCAACAAGGAUUUGGCUCGUGGUGGAAAAGGAGGUGGACAUGGGCGUGGCCGUGGAAGAGGAGGGAAGCCAAGAUGUUGAAGGCAGCUGUGUGUUUGUUGGAAUCUACUGCCAAUUGUUCUGUAUGUCGCCCUAUGCUGCUGUUUGGUCCACAUUUUGUUCAGUACCGCUUUCAAUCCUACAGUUUGACAUAAUGGUUUGUUACUAGUGAAGUUACCUGGCUACAAGGAUGGCAUCAACUAGUAUAAUCUUACCGUAGUAUGCAUUAAAUUAAUGGAAUGUAUUAAUACAUCAGAUGAAGCUAUCAUAUGAAGAACGUAUUAGUCAAUUUUUGUCUGUUCA